AUGUGGGCUCACUUGUUCAAGCAUGGAUUCAAGUAUGAGCAACAAAACUCGUUGUCCAAGAGCCUUAUUCUGAGUGUUUUAAACUCUACUGCUACAAAGCGAGAAGCGAAGGAUUACUUGAUCAAGUAUGCUAAUGGAUCUUCAAACUAUCACUAUUUAUUGCUGAUCAGAAAUAUCGCCACGCAGAGUGAGAGGUCUUUACAUAGACUUUCGGACUCGAUAAGACGGUUGAAAUUCCUCGGUAUUAGUCCCGUAUGUGUUCUUUUACCCUCAGGUAGAAUACAAACGGAGGUUGAAAAAAUGGAUAAGCUCAUAACUCUAUCACAAUUGAAACCCUUAGUUUUGGACUACGGAUUGUCUAGGGCUUUUGACGGAAGUUAUGAGUCAAUCAUGCAGACUGCACUUGAUACCGAGUAUUGCACCACAAGAGGUAUUGUGCCAAUUGUGAAGCCAUAUAUAUAUGACCAGAGCACUGCUUCCCGUGGGUUAAUUUCAGAUCCUGUGCUGUUUAUGGACCAGUUAUCUAGGGAUAGCUCUUUAAAGUUUGAUAAAUUUUUUAUUCUGAAUAGAAGUGGUGGUAUCCCAUCUGGUGAACGUAACCAAAAUUCGCAUAUAUUUAUAAACCUUUCUCAAGAGUAUCAGAAGAUACAUAGAACAUUGACAAGUUCUAUUAGAACUAUAGUGGAAAGACAACCAAGAAGUGAAGAUUUGCUCGAUAGGUUGGAACUAUAUGUUAGGGAAAGUGACAUAAUAUCUUUGGAGGCGGAGUAUAAGGAGCACAUGGAGAACUUACAACUGAUGAAUACAGUCUUAUCCAACUUGUCUUCUAGUGCUACUGGAGUUAUAACAACUAUUAACGCUGCGUCCUCGCCAUCUGAUACUGUUAAUCCACUCGUUCAUAACCUCCUUACAGAUCGAUCAAUUAUCUCUUCUUCACUUCCCAGAUUCAAGAAUAAAUCUGGAAACUUUUUAAGCCCAAGUGGUCAAGAUUGGUAUGAAAUGCCAGUGGAGAUAGAAACAGAUGAGGAAACUCUACAAGGUGAAGAUUCAGUAUUCGUUACCACAGUGUUGAAGAAAGGUGUCGACAUCAAAGAAUUUGAUUAUUCUCAUCUUACUAGUGAAAAUACUGUCAAUCUUCCUAAACAAUUUCAAAUCAAGCUCCAUGAUGAAAGUACAUACAAUAAUUCAUGUUCAAAGUAUAAACUGGACUUGGUAAAAUUUAAAAACAUAAUUGAUAAAAGUUUCGGAAGGGAACUUGAUCUAAAUCAUUACCUAAACAGAAUAAACGGAAAGAUUGCAUCUAUUAUCAUUAUUGGCGAUUAUGAAGGAAUAGCUAUUCUAACUUACGAAGGACCACCGGAUAAUAAGUUUGUAUAUCUGGAUAAAUUUGCUGUUCUGCCACAUUUGAAGGGCUCCCUCGGUAUUUCUGAUAUUAUUUUUAAUCUGAUGUUUAAGAAGUUUCCUAGAGAGGUCGUUUGGAGAAGUCGUGCGAAUAACGUCGUGAAUAAAUGGUACUUUCAAAGAAGUGUUGCCGUACUUGACCUUUCAAUGGAACUAGAUGAAGGUGAUAUGCAAGAAAGUGAGUUCAAGUUAUUUUAUCAUGGAGAUCCAGAAUCUUCGCUCAAGUCUAUUGUAGCAAUAGAUCGUUUAAGAGAUCUAGCAAAAUAUGUGAGAAAUAUCAAGCCAAGCUGGGUCAAAUAG